CAGCAGUUUGAUGAGGAGACCUGAAAGUGGCACAUGGCAGAGUGUGGCGAUGGAGACAGCAGCAAUGGGAGGCCGUACAGGGACCCAUGACACACUCUGGACCUGGCAGCAGCAUGAGGAGGCGGUACAGGGGGCCCAUGGCAGAGUGGCGAAGCGUAAGCAGCUUAAAUUUAAGGCCAUACAGAGGCCUAUGUUAAAAAGUCCCCCCAGCAGCAGUGUGGGGAGACGACUAUCAAGAGUCCAAUGGCAGAGUGGCGGAGCAGAAGCAGCUUCAAUUGAAGGCCAUACACAGGCCUAGGUUAAAAGAGUCCCCCCAGCAGCAGCAGGUGGGGAGACGAAUAUCAAGAAGAAGAAGAAGAGGAUGAGGAUGAAGAAGAAGAAGAGGAUGAGGAUGAAGAAGAAGAAUGAGGAAGAAGAAGAAGAAGAAGAGGAUGAGGAUGAAGAAGAAGAAGAAGAAGAAGAAGAAGA